GCAAAAGGAAGAGUGAUGGAAUGAUUGGGUUGGUGCAUGCUCAUGCAUUAUGCCAAUUGCCAUUCAACAUAUGUCUCGUCUGUUACCCACUUUUCUUAUUCACUCCAUCAUAUCUUGCUUUCUUCAUUUUCCUUUCUAUGCAGAUGCUUCCAACAAUAUACCCCACACCCCCUCGUGGCCGGAAUUAUUGCCCACUCACUCCCAUAUACUUUCCCUUAUUUAUUCCCUUUAUUCCUCACGCCCUCUCCUUAAAAAUACUCUAUACCUAGCUUCUGCAAUGAGGAUGAUGAUAGACCUGGGCAACCAAACAGGUUCUCUGCUCUCCAUAAUCGACGCUCCAACCUCAGUAGACUGCGGACGACCAGUGCGGUUCCGCCGAUCCUUUAGAUCCCUCGUCGAGUGCAUGGUCCCCUGCUGUGGAUUCCAGCCCUCUCAUUCCUAUGCCAUCGAUUCCGACUCCACUACCGUAACCGGCACUUUCUUCGGUUACAGAAAGGGCCGUGUUAGUUUCUGUCUGCAAGAGGACACGCGCACCUCUCCUCUUCUGCUUCUUGAAUUCGCAGUCCCCACAUCUUACUUAGCCAGAGAGAUGCAGUACGGGCUGCUCCGCAUAGCCCUAGAGUGCGACCGACAAAAAGAGAGUUCCAGCUGGUGCUCCCUCUUUCGCGUCCCGGUGUGGUCCAUGUACUGCAAUGGCAGGAAAGUUGGGUUUGCAAUAAGGAGGCAGCUGAGUGGGAGCGACGCUGGAGUACUGAAGCUGAUGCAGUCGGUGUCUGUGGGUGCUGGGGUUUUGCCUGUGCCUCCCAUGUCAGAAGAUGGAGAGCUCAUGUAUUUACGUGCCACUUUUCAACGAGUCAUAGGUUCUGCUGACUCAGAGUCAUUUCACAUGAUGAAUCCUGUUGGCAGUUCAGGCCAAGAACUCAGUAUUUUUCUUUUAAGAUCGUGACAAUGUUUGAUACUAUAAUGUUAAACCAAUUAGCUACCUGCAGUAUGUUAUAUGUAUGUAAGCUUGUACAAAAUAUCUAGUCUAUUUCUAACAUUUUUUUUA